CAGAUGAAAUGGACCAGGGCCCCCCAGCACGCUCUGAGUAUCAGGUCUCAGGGAUCCGAACUCCCCCUGUGAGGAGAAACAGCAGGCUGGCCACUCUGGGCAGGAUCUUCAAGCCCUGGAAAUGGAGGAAAAAGAAAAACGAGAAGCUGAAGCAGACGACGUCGGCGCUGGAGAAGAAGAUGGCUGGCAGGCAGGGCCGGGAGGAACUCAUCAAACAGGGGCUUCUGGAGAUGAUGGAGCAGGAUGCUGAAAACAAACCAUGUGGCCCGGAUGGAGGCCCCCGACCUGCACAGAGCGAGCAGUCCACUGCCAAGCAGGAGACACUGACGUCGGAAGAUGUCCAGCCAGGAAGCCCCUCAGCCACCAGGACAGACCAGGCCUCCAUGGAUGAGCCGCUGUCCUCAGAUGUCCAUUUGGAUGAUGCAGCCAAGAUACCAUCUGCGUCUUGUGGGGAAGAAGCUGACGCCGGCGGCCUCCUGCCCACCACUGAUGAGCUCUCUGAAGCCUUAGCCGGCACUGACUCUCUGGACUGUCCUCCCAGACCCCUGGAGAGAUCCUCGGGCCAUCUCCCCAGUCCCCCGCUGCUGCCCACCCCACCACCCAAGGCAAGCUGCAAACCCACAAAAACUGUCACAGGCCAAGCCACGCUCUUCCAAGGCCCCAGCAUGAAGAGCACGGACCCACCUCUCCGAGGACAGAUUUCCACUCCCACGGGGUCUCCGCAUCUCACCACUGUCCACCGGCCGCUGCCCCCCAGCCGCGUGAUCGAAGAACUGCACAGAGCACUGGCCACAAAACACCGUCAGGACAGUUUUCAAGGACGGGAAAGCAAAGGAUCCCCAAAGAAGCGGGUGGAUGUCCGUCUGUCAAGAACGUCCAGCAUGGAACGAGGCAAGGAGAGGGAGGAGGCGUGGAGCUUUGAUGGAGUCUUGGAGAACAAGAGGACUGCAGCUAAGGAGUCUGAGGAGAAUAAGGAGAACUUGGUCCUGAAUUCCGAGCUCAAGGAUGACUUGCUUUUGUAUCAGGAUGAAGAAGCACUUAACGACUCCAUCAUCUCUGGAACACUUCCGAGGAAAUGCAAGAAGGAGCUGCUGGCAGUGAAGCUGAGGAACCGGCCAAGCAAGCAGGAGCUGGAGGACAGGAACAUCUUCCCCAGGAGGACAGACGAGGAGCGGCAGGAGAUUCGGCAGCAGAUCGAGAUGAAGCUCUCCAA